AUGCAGGAGGUCUCGGCUGAACUACAGCAGCAGCUACAGGCAUUGGGCAUCAACCCGUCAGAUGACGUUUUCCGUACAGGCUCGGAAGAGUUUGACCACAAUGGACUGAGCUCUCCAAUCCCGCAGGAAGUGCGCUUCAUGAAUGCUGAGCUGCGACGUUGUCCUGUGGAAGGUGUCGGUAUGGUGCUGGCAAUAUUUUCUGGAUCUGGAGCUGUGUACGAAUUCGUGCGUACGCUGCGUAAGUGUAUCUAUGGCAAGGUGAAACACGCCGUGCGUCUGCAGAUGACACCCAAUGGCACCUUCGUGCGCACGCAAUUCGAAGUGGCCAUCAAGGUCAUGAGUAAGGUUAUUAUAGAGGAGGGCAAGCUUCAAGAGAACCCACUUGUUGAGCUUGCAGCGCAGCAGUUCCUUUCAGUACCAGGCCACGAGAACGUACUCACGCUGAUCGAGUGUUUGCACGACGCCGACUUCAUCUAUGCUGUUCUUCCGUUUUGUAAUGGUGGCGAGUUGUUUUCGGUUGUGGAGAGCGGUGGUGCAAUGGAGGAAGCCGAGUGCCGCCAUUGGUUUACUCAAGUUCUCGCGGGCUUGUCUUACCUGCAGAGUCGCUACAUUUGCCAUCGUGACAUGUCCUUAGAAAAUGUGCUACUGGAUGGCGAUACCUCGAAGAUCAUCGACUUCGGUCUGUCAAUUGGCAUUCCUGUUGACGCCCAUGGCAUGACAUAUUCACUGCCGCCUGCUGGCGCAGUUGGAAAAAUCUUUUACAUGCCUCCCGAGAUUUACCGCAACCAAGUCCCCUUCAACGGCUUCUCGGCGGAUAUUUGGUCAACUGGUGUAAUGCUAUUCAUCAUGGUUACCGGGGCACCUCCCUUCGAGCGUCCGGAUGACGCCGAUCCGCGCUUCCAGAUGAUUGCACAGGGUCUAAUGAGUGACAUGUUAGACUCGUGGGGCAUGAACCACGUGUCUGCGAGUGUGCGUGACUUGAUGUCCAAAAUGCUGAUCGUGGACGAUCCGUCUCGGCGUCUGACAGUAGAGCAGAUCGCCAUGCAUCCGUGGAUCCAGGGCGGAUAG